CGCGCCUGCGCAGUGGGCUCGGGUGGGCGGUGGUGUGCCGGCUGCUCGGGUUCUUCCGAGCUUCCGUAGGGUUUCUGGCCGGUAGGCGAGGAAUGGAGUUGGUGGGCGGCGGCGGCUCCUCCUCUACUGACCCGCGAAGUACCUACGUGCUGAGUAACCUCGCGGAGGUGGUGGAGCGUGUGUUCACCUUCCUGCCUGCCAAGGCGCUGCUGCGGGUAGCCGGAGUGUGCCGCCUAUGGAGGGAGUGUGUGCGCAGAGUGCUGCGGACCCACCGCAGCGUGACCUGGAUCACGGGCGUGGCGGAGGCCGGCAACCUGGAAGGACAUUGCUUGGUCCGCGUGGUAGCAGAGGCGCUUGAGAAUGUUCGCAUCCUACCACGGACAGUUCUCUAUAUGGCAGAUUCUGAAACUUUCAUUAGCCUGGAAGAGUGUCGUGGCCGUAAAAGAGCGAGGAAAAGAACUACAAUGGAGACGGCGUUUGCCCUGGAGAAGCUGUUCCCCAAGCGGUGUCAGAUCCUUGGGAUUGUGACCCCAGGGAUUGUAGUGACUCCAAUGGGAUCAGGUAGCAAUCGACCUCAGGAAAUAGAAAUUGGAGAAUCUGGUUUUGCUUUAUUAUUCCCUCAAAUUGAAGGAAUAAAAAUUCAGCCCUUUCAUUUUAUUAAGGACCCCAAGAAUUUAACACUCGAACGACAUCAGCUUGCUGAAGUGGGUCUUCUGGAUAACCCUGAGCUUCGCGUGGUCCUUGUCUUUGGCUAUAACUGCUGUAAGGUGGGAGCCGGCAAUUACCUGCAGCGAGUAGUCAGCACUUUCAGCAACAUGAAUAUCAUCUUGGCUGGAGGCCAGGUGGACAACCUGUCCUCACUGACUUGUGAGAAGAACCCUCUGGAUAUUGAUGCCACAGGUGUGGUUGGACUGUCAUUUAGUGGGCACCGAAUCCAGAGUGCCACAGUUCUCCUCAAUGAGGAUGUGAAUGAUGUCAAGACUGCUGAGGCGGCCAUGCAGCGCCUCAAAGCAGCCAACAUCCCCGAACAGAACACCAUUGGCUUCAUGUUUGCGUGUGUUGGUCGGGGUGUCCAGUACUACAGAGCCAAGCGGAAUGUUGAGUCUGAUGCAUUUAGAAAGUUUUUUCCUAGUGUCCCCUUAUUCGGCUUCUUUGGAAAUGGGGAGAUUGGAUGUGACCGGAUAGUCACUGGGAACUUUAUUCUGAGGAGGUGUAACGAGGUGAAGGAAGAGGACUUGUUCCAUAGCUAUACAACCAUCAUGGCGCUCAUUCACCUGGGGGCCUCUAAAUGAGACUGGCUCUCACAGGCUGUAACUUUGGGGCAUUGCCUUUUUCAGAAAAAUGGAGACUUGGGAUAGGAGUAUUUUAAACAAAACUGGCUCCUUUUGUUUCGUAGCUUUGAGUGAUGCUCUGAGAUCACCAUGGGCUGAGUUUUACUAUGUAGAUGAAGGCCAGCUCUAUACACACAGAUCAAGAAGUGAGGCUGGGGUCAGGCGCAGGCAAAGCCGCUGUGACCAAGCAUCCUGGGAGGUGCACGAGCCCUCCAGGAGAUGGAGGGUGAAGACCGUGUAGUGGUCCGUGAAUUUAUAGCAGAAUCAUGACUUUAAUUUCCUUAAUAAAGGAGAAAAUUAAAGAUACGGUUGAGUCUCUCUGCUUCUCAGAAGCUGGAACAAGUAUUACUGACUUUUUAACUUUCCUGAUAAAGAACUGCCUUUGUUUUCAUACUGUAUGAAGUUACUCUCAUAGGUAAGUUAGCAUUUUCCUCUUCACAGUAAGGAGACUGCAAGGGAACAAUCUUUUUCACAUAGUUCUGAAAACGAUAUCACCAUAUUUUGGUUUUCUACCAAUAAAAUACACUUGAAAACCCA